AUGUCGCCCGUGUACCCAUUGACAAGCUUGUAUGCUUUUUGCCAUAUUCGUGAUAUUACCCAGCUUCAAUCAUCUCAGAACAGGUUUGCAAGGGCCGACCUCCAGCGCCUCCUCCGCGACACACCCGUGCCCCAGCCGCCUCCGGUGUUGCAGGCUCUUCAUGAGGAGGAGCAGAGUCAACGGGCAGACAGCCUGAGGAGUUCCUACGAGGAGCCGAGGGACCUCCGCCGCCUGGCCGCCGUGCGACUGCAGGGAUACCUUUCCACCGAGUGCAGGUUAGAGCCUGCCACGGCCGCCGAUGACGUGGCACUGAGGGUAUCUCCUGCCACUGAUGCUGACCUUCUUGCGGCGCUCGCAAGUCUGGAGCAUGCGGGGCGUAGAAAAGAGCUCCAGAUGAAGCAGCUGUGCGCCGUGCUCACUGGCAUGCAGGUCUCGCACAACUACGAGCAGGGCCAGCAGCUGUUGCAGAAUCGAGACUUCAGCACCAGGUCUGCCUUCUUUCAGACGGUGCUGGAAAUUGGACGGCGGUACAAGAUCUUGAAUCCAGAGCGCAUGCGCGACUCCUAUGGGAAGCUGAUGUACUUCCUCCAGGACUCGCGCAAGCCUGAAGUUAGAGAUCUUCUAGAGUUCGACAUCGUGUCGCCUGUGCGCUCUGUGUGGCAGGUGCUGUGUCGAAGUCCGAAGGGGACGCAGCUGCUGCAGGACCCGCUGCUAAAAACCGCCACCAUGGAAAUCUCCAGCGAGGGCAAAGGUCGCCCUCAGAUCCAGCGCGAGAUCAAGUCGAAAGAGGCUGCCAUCAAGAGCCUUGCGAGCAAGUACUGCUCCGUGCAGAAGCGCCGAAAGCGACACUAUGGCGGCAUGAACUGGAGUUUGCUGCGCUCCUACCGGGAUUCCGACUCAGAGGACGCAGAUGCCAGCGACGAGCUGUCUGAGGAUGUGGUGGAGCAGUGCAUCUACUCCCUUGGAGACCACAGCACCUACUUGAGGUUCAACCGGGAGCCAUGUGCCAAGCUCAUCCACUACCUCAAGGAGUUUUUCGAUCCGAACGACCCGGGCCCUGAAGCCAAGUAUUCCUUGGCCAUCGAGGAGGGUGUCAAUGGUGCACGCCUGUCCCAUCCACAUAACCGUCAGUACACUUUCGUGCUGCAGUCAAUGACGCUGUGGAGGGAGGUGCUGGACAACAUGUUCCAGCUCUGGCACAUUGCCGAGGAGGAUCUCCUGGAUGAGGAUCAUCAGUACCAGCUGGCGGACACGGGUCAAGGCUACCAGCGGGUGCAGAAGUCGAUCCGCAGCGUCGCUGCCAUGCAGAAGAUCCUCGCCGACGUCCAGCAAAAGGUUGGAGGUUGGGUGGGCUCCAGCAUUGUGCACCUGGGUGACCACAAUGUGCCGAAUGCCUUGAUGUUCAUUGACAAGUACAUCCAGGUACCACGGUUUCUGGGACCUCUCGUCCUGACGAUUGAGAAGAUUCCCGAGUUGAGCAAAAGCUCGCUGGGGAUGAAGACCUACGUGGACUCUUUCGGGGGAGUCCAGAGGCUCCAGAAGCUCAUCCUAGCCGACUUCUUCAAGCACGCCUUCGAUGGCAGCGGCGCCGACAACUUCUUCGACGCGGGCUCGUGCAUCGAUGGUCGCCUCACAUCCGCAUGGAACUGGUGCUCCUCGAUCGAGUCCAAGUCGUACUUUCCCAUCUUCCUCCUCACCGGCUUCUCAGGGUUCGAUGGCAAAGAAGGCUUCUGA